GCUCACUAUGGUUUCAGUCUGCGUUGAACGUCCCGCAUAGCAAGAGGUGACAACUCUAGAGGAAAAUUUUUAUCAAAACAUAAACAAAUCGAUCGUGUCAUUGAGCGUGUAGUACGAGUAUUAUUUUACCAAAAUGCCCGAGAGUAUUCCUAUAUUAAAGAAUCCCCAUUUGGAUGCCAUGGAGAAUGACUAUUUGUAUCACAUUAACAUUAAUGUGGUCAAUUCGCGUUCUGCCACAGACAUUGAACGGAGAUUCGGUGAUGUUAAGUUUGUUUGCUUGGGCGGUACCAAGAACCGCAUGUUUGCCUUGGCCAAGUACUUACGUCACAUAUUGCAAUUGGAUAAUGGCGAGGAAUUGGUUGAUAUCAGUGAAUCGGGAAAUCGUUAUGCCGUUUACAAAGUUGGCCCCGUACUAUGCUGCUCCCAUGGUGUGGGCAUGAGCACUAUGAGUGUUCUGUUGCAUGAACUUUUGAAGUUGGUGCGCUAUGCCAAAUGUCAGGAUCCCGUCUUUAUACGAUUGGGCACCAGCGGUGGUGUAGGCGUCACCCCAGGCACUGUGGUGAUAUCCAAAGAUGGUUACAAUGGCUAUUUGAGAAAUGAACAUGAAGUUGCAAUCCUUGGUAAAAGAGUUGUGCGUCCCGCAAAUUUUGAUGAGAAAUUGGCUAAUGAUCUUUUGCGACAUGCCAAAAGUCACUGCGGCUAUGAUGUUAUUAUGGGCAAUACAAUGGCUGCUGAAUGUUUCUAUGAAGGUCAGGGACGUCUAGAUGGCGCUAGUUGUGAUUAUAGUGAAGCUGAUAAAAUGGCUUUUUUACAACAACUCUAUGAAAAGGGUGUGCGAAACAUUGAAAUGGAGGCCACCAUGUUUUCUUCGCUUACCAAACAUGUGGGAGUAAGAGCGGCUGAUGUUUGUGUAACUCUGCUAAAUCGUCUUCAUGGUGAUCAAGUCAACUUGACCAAAGAACAAAAAGAGGAUUUCGAACAAAGACCAUUUUCCGUUGUGGGGGAAUAUAUAAAGAGUAGCCUUUGUGGCAAUUAGACUACAUUGAUGAUGAUAACUAUGGUGCAAAACAUUGUGAAUGCCUUAAAAAUCGUAAUAUUUUAAAAUAGCUGAUAUUCCAAAAACAAUUAUUCUGUAUAUGUAUUUGCCUGAAGCUAUAAAUUUAUAAUUUCAUGAAAAAAAAAUAUUUUAAGAAUGAAACAAUUAUAUUUUGUUAGCUCAUUACGACAACUUUGAAUUGAGUAUAAUAUGGAACAAUUAUAUUAUUUUAUCUCAAUUUAAUAUAUUAUGUAUAUGUAUUAUAUGUUAAUAAAACUUAUAAAUUUAAAAAUCCA